AUGGAGAUUAAGGGGGGGUUAAAGAGGCCUGGGGGGAAGAGGAGGGGCUGCACCAAGAGCAGGAGGACGGAGAGCCCGGAGGACAAAUCCCCCCGUGAGACCCUGGUGGGAGAGGCCGUUUUGAAGGGCUCCCCGGCGCAGGAAGGCAGCGGGGAGGGAAAGGGCCGGAGAUCCCCCCUCAGGAGGGGCUCCAAAGCCAUCCCAGGGUGCUCUGAGGAGGAAAGAGCCAGCCUGUGCCAGGAAGGCAGCCGGAGCUUGAGGGGGAGCUCUGAGCUGGUGGUCCCUGAGCAGCCUCCCAGCAGGCAGAAGCCCUUCAGGUGCUUGGAAUGUGGGAAGAGAUUCAGGAAGAGCUUCAACCUCCUCACCCACCAGCACAUCCACACCGGGGAACGUCCCUACACGUGUGGGGAAUGUGGGAAGAGCUUCAGGCAGAGGUCCAACCUCCACACCCACCAGCGCAUUCACACUGGGGAACGACCCUACACAUGUAGGGAAUGUGGGAAGAGCUUCAACCAGAGCUCCAACCUCCGCACCCACCAGGGCAUCCACACUGGAGAACGGCCCUACCCGUGUAUGGAAUGUGGGAAGAGCUUCAGGGACAGCUCCCACCUGAUCGAACACCAGCACAUCCACACCGGAGAACGGCACUACACCUGUAGGGAAUGUGGGAAGAGCUUCAGCCAGAGAUCCACCCUCCUCCAACACCGUGGUGUGCACACUGGGGAACAGCCCUACACAUGUUGGGAAUGUGGGAAGAGCUUCAGUUACAGCUCCACCCUCCACAUCCACCGACUCAUCCACACUGGGGAACAACCUUACAAGUGCUUGGAAUGUAGGAAGAGGUUCAGGACCAGCUCAGAUCUCCUCAGGCAUGAGCAGACACACACAGAUGAGAGGCCCUUCCGCUGCACCGACUGUGGGAAGGGCUUCAACCGGAACUCCCACCUUGUCACGCACCGGCGCAUCCACACAGGGGAGAGGCCCUACAAGUGUGGGGAGUGUGGGAAGAGUUUCACCGAGAGCUCUAACUUCCACCUGAUCAAACACCAGCAGGUCCACACUGGGGAACGGCCCUACGUGUGUAAUGAUUGUGGGAAGAGCUUCAAGAACAGCUCCAACCUGAUCCGACACCAGGCCAUCCACACUGGGGAACGGCCCUAUACGUGUGGGGAAUGUGGAAAGAGCUUCAGGGACAGCUCCAGCCUCCGCACCCAUCAGCUCAUCCACACUAGGGAACAGCCCUACAAGUGCUUGAAAUGUGGGAAGAGGUUUAAGACCAGCUCACAUCUCUACAGGCAUGAGCGGACGCACACGGAUGAGAGGCCCUUCCGCUGCACCGACUGCGGGAAGGGCUUCAAGCACAACUACCACCUCAGCACCCACCGGCGCAUCCACACCGGGGAAAGGCCCUACAAGUGUGGGGAGUGUGGGAAGAGCUUCCCCCACAGCUCUACCUUGACCAAACACAAACGUACCCACCAGUAAGAGAAGCCCUACCAGUGCCCCGACUGCGGGAAGAGCUUCGGCCGCUGCUUCCACCCCGAAUGAACCCCCUGAUGUUGAGGCAACCCCUGGAGUCCAGUGACUGUCAGUCCAUCCCUUUUGACCACAAAGGGCCAGUCCCCUUUCCCAGGGGCAGCUUCUUCCAUAAGAACCCUUCUUGGAGGGGUGUGUGGAGAUUCCUGCCUUGGCUGGGGACCCCCCAAGGUCACUGCUGGAGGCUGAGAGCAGAGAUCUCCCCACGAGCAUUGGUCUGGGGGAGUUCCAUCCAUCUCUAAUUAAGAAUUAUUGCUUUUUUGCCAGCUUGAGCAGAAUUGCUUCAACAAUUGCUUUAGUGUAGAGCACUGUCCUGUCUUAUCCUAUACUCCUGGUAGUUUUAGUGUUUGUCUUGUGCAGUAAAUAAUUCUGAUGAAGAUCUUUUGU